UGCAAAUGGUCGAUUCACGUACGAUAAGGACUGUCAAAGAUAUAAUUGUAUUUGUGCCUGUGACGGAACUUACAACUGUCCCGCGGAGAACACCCGCAGAAUUUGCACGCACGACAAGGAUGAACAUCACUGUAGACAGUGCACAGAUCCAACGGGGCGGCAACAUAGUGCAGGCGCCCAGUUCAUAUACGACAAAGAAUGUCAUCGGUACACGUGUACCUGUGACUGUAGUGGCGCAUACAAUUGUCCUGCUGAGAAAACAGUCAACUUCUGUGAUCGUGGAUCCAGUCAUACAAGUGGCUCUGCUAGCAGUGGUAGGUCAUCUUACCGGAAUGUUUCCUCCACUAGUAGUUGGUCAACACACCAAAGUGGUUCCUCUAGCAGUAGUAGAUCGUCAAAUCAAAGGGGUUCCAGUCACCAAAAUGUUGGUUCCCAACACAGUCAUCUCUAUAGAUAUGGUUACUCGUCUGAUAAUAGUUAUGGCAACACUGGCUGCUUUUACUGCGUUGCUGGUGGAGCUCAUCGAAAACCAAACGAACGAUUCGUGUUUGAUGACAAUUGUUAUCGAUUUACAUGCUUCUGUGCAUGUAACGGUAGUUGGGAGUGUCCUGCAUCUCAAACACAGGAGAUUUGUCAGACCCACUCCACCAGCUCUAGGUCUGGAUCAAGUCACGGAUCUUCCUGUAGGCAGUGUACAGCGCACGGUAAAACGUACGCAGGAAACUCCCAAUUCCAACAUGAAGAUGGUUGUUAUAGGUUUAAUUGCGAUUGUUACUGUAACGGGUCAUGGAAUUGUCCUGCUGAUCGCACCGAAAACAUUUGUACCCAGGAGAGCGGGGGUUGUAGGAAGUGUAAUGUCCAGGGAUACGACAGAGAGCCGAACUCAAGGUUCCAGUACGACAAGAACUGUUUCCGCUUCGAUUGUGACUGUAACUGUGACGGGUCCUACGUCUGUCCUGCCGAGAGGACGAGGAGAAUCCCCGGAUGUGGGAGUCAUCGCGCGCGCCAAGAAACUGAGGCCGCGAACUGUACCGAAUGCGUGGUCCAAGGCAAUAAGUACCGAUCGGACACAAGAUUCCAGUACAUAAACGGCUGUGCCGAGUACGAUUGCGACUGUCAUUGUGACGGAAGUUAUAACUGUCCACCGAGCCGCACCGUGGACAUCUGCAGGGACAAGAAAAAGUCGUGUACCGAGUGUGAAUACGCCGGAUCAAAGUACCCCGGGAACUCAGAUUUUGUGAUCAAUGAGAAGUGUUCUCAAAUUAAGUGUUCGUGUGAUUGUGAGGGUAGAAUCACGUGUAAAGAUGCCAUUAACACGUGUACAGAUCGCGGGGAUCUCGGGUGAACUGUAUGUACGUGGUUUCAGAUUAUGUCUGGCAUAAUAUCACUUUUACUAAAUUGUAAAAAAAAUACUUUAAGUUUUUAAUUUGUUACAUUUAUUUUUAUAGGAAUGAAUUACUGUAAUGUUAUGAAAAAGAUUUAUUUAUAACAUAUUUUUGUAACAAUUUAGUUUUAAAAUGAAUGUUGAAAGGAACGGCUGGAAUUUAUACAGAUAUAUGUGUCGCUAGCUCUAUAUUUGUGGAUUGGUUUGUUUUAAUCCGUAUAAUAUAUAAUACACAUGUAAUUGAUAUGUUAAUAUUUUUGUAAGUAAAAUAAAAGGAAUCUCUUUUUCAAA